AUGGUGUGCUGCGCAUUGCUCGAGCAUUCCAGGAGUCACGGUAUCCUUGUUGCAGCUGCGUCUUCGUCGCCGAGGCUGACAGGUGAAAGGGAACUCCAGGAGAACAAUAUCUCGGUGAUAUUCAAGACGGACUUCGAGGACAUGGCCACGCUUCACAUUCUCUGGCUGUCGAGUAAUCAGAUUCACACCAUCGAGAGAGGCGCCUUCCAGGAUUUAGUCGGAGUCGAGAAGCUGCGUCUUAACAAUAAUCAAUUACGUCACAUCCCCGACCUCCUAUUCAGCAACAUGAUGAACUUGAAGCGCCUGGACCUGAGCCACAAUCAAAUUGCUACGAUCGGACCAAAGACACUGAGAGGAAUUUCAUCCCUGAAACAUCUGGUGCUCGACAACAACGUGUUGACCUGCAUCGAUGAAGCGUCGAUGCAAGAACUUAAGGAUUUAGAAGUACUAAUGUUGAGUAAUAAUAAACUAACAACGUUGGGAAAGGAAAUGUUGAACGGUCUGUCGCAUUUGCGAACGCUGAAGCUGGUCGACAAUGCACUUUCUUGCGACUGCCAUUUAGCCUGGUUGUCGCGAUAUUUGAAAACGCGCCCGAGGCUUGGCCAACACACGCGCUGCGCCUCGCCGAUACACCUGAAGGAUCGAAAUAUCGGCGAUCUACAGGAGCACGAGUUCAAGUGUUCGGGGCUGGUUGAGCGCACAGGAUCCGAGUGCAGCGCGGAACCGCAGUGCCCGCAUCCGUGCAAAUGCGCGGACGGUAUCGUCGACUGCAGAGAGAAUUCUUUGACGAAAGUGCCCACCCACCUUCCCGAGGACACCACUGAACUGCGGUUGGAGCAGAACAGAAUCACUGAAAUCCCGCCGAAGGCUUUCUCGCCGUACAGAAAAUUGCGCAGAAUUGACCUCAGCAACAAUCAGAUUAAAAAGAUAGCGGCGGAUGCAUUUCAUGGAUUGAAAUCGCUCGAAUCGCUUGUCCUCUACGGAAACAAAAUCGCUGAUUUGCCGAGCGGUUUGUUCCAAAGCUUGAACAAUUUACAAUUGCUAUUGCUGAACGCGAACGAAAUAUCCUGUAUACGAACCGAUCUGUUCCGAGAUCUGACCAGCCUGACACUGUUGUCUCUGUACGAUAACAACAUCAGAUCCCUAGCCAAUGGAACUUUCGCCAAUCUGCGAAGCAUUGAAACGCUACAUUUGGCAGAGAAUCCGUUCAUCUGCGAUUGCAAUCUGCGAUGGCUGAGGGCGUACCUUGACGCGCACCCCAUCGAGACGUCGGGAGCUAAGUGCGACUCGCCGAAGAGAGCGCAGAAGCGGAAGAUCAAUUCGAUGCGGGACGACAAGUUCAAAUGUAAGGGCGACGAGGAGCUCUUGACGAAGAGAGCUGGUGAUUGUAUCCUGCCCGGAGAGUGUCCAGAUCCGUGUACCUGCAACGGUGCUACCGUCGAUUGCUCUAACAGGACACUAACUUCGAUACCAAAGAAGCUGCCAAUCUAUACAUCCACCUUACUGUUGGCCAACAACGAGCUGGAUAAGAUCAAAGCGGACGGUUUGUUCGAGAAGCUGCCCGAGCUGCAGCAUUUGGACCUCAGGAACAAUAAAAUCUCACGCAUCGAGGCGUCCGCCUUUCAGGGGGCGCACAAGCUCACCGACCUACUCUUGUCGGAGAACAGGCUGAGGGAAGUUCACAACAAGAUGUUCACCGGCCUGACGAAUCUUAAGACUCUGAACCUUCAUGGGAACGCCAUUACCUGUGUUAUGCAAGGAGCGUUCGAGGGAUUGACACACGUACGAAGCAUCAACAUGCAAGGCAAUCCUUUGUCGUGUAAUUGUCAUCUCGCGUGGUUCGCCGGAUGGCUGAGGAAACGCGACAUAUCUGGUGUGGUUGGCCACUGUCACGAUCCACCGCGAUUGAAGGACGCUGUCAUCAAGGAUAUUCCUCAUCAUGAAUUCAAAUGCAACAACGACAGCGUAGUUUGCCUAGGAGACGAUUACUGUCCACCCCAAUGUAAUUGCGCCGGGUCAGUGGUAAGGUGUUCGAGGUCUCAGCUUACGGAGAUUCCGCGCGGGAUUCCGCCGGAAACCACCGAGCUGUAUUUGGACGUGAACGACAUCAAGACGAUCAGGCCGGAGCGAUUGAACCACCUGAGGAUUCUGACUAGACUGGACCUGAGCAACAAUCAGAUCGGAAUGCUGUCCAACGACACCUUCAGGAACCUCACCAAGCUGUCUCACCUUAUCAUCAGCUACAAUAAGCUGCAGUGUGUCCAACGCAAUGCCCUCGCUGGCUUAAAAUCGUUAAGGAUAAUGUCUCUGCACGGGAACGACAUAUCGGUGAUCCCCGAGGGCGCGUUCGAUGAUCUGAAAUCUAUAACCCACCUCGCUCUAGGGUCCAACCCACUUUACUGCGACUGCAGUAUGCGGUGGUUGGCCGAGUGGGUGAAGAGGGAUUUCUUGGAGGCAGGUAUCGCCAGGUGUAUGGAGCCCCCAGCGAUGAGGGACAAGUUGCUGUUGACGACAUCUCCGACUGCGUUCCAAUGCAAAACCAGUCAACAGCCAGCCGAAGUCCUGGCCAAGUGCGACUUGUGCUACACCUCGCCAUGCCAGAACGGAGGAUUUUGCGAGACGCUCCCGAACCGGAAGUUCCGUUGCAAGUGCGCGCCAGGAUAUCAUGGGGACCGGUGUGAAUAUAAAAUUGACGCGUGCUAUGGAAAUCCUUGCCGGAACACCGGAACUUGCAAAGUACUGGAAGAAGGAAGAUUCAGUUGCGACUGCGCCCCCGGGUACAAGGGACUUCGAUGCGAGAACAACGUCGACGACUGCGAGGACAACAAGUGUGCAAAUAACGCAACCUGCGUCGACCUCGUCCAGGCCUAUAGAUGCGACUGCGCCCCAGGAUUCAUGGGCGAGUACUGCGAGAAGAAAAUACCCUUUUGCACAAAAGGGCACGACCCCUGCGAGAACGGGGGCCGAUGCGUCGAUCACGGGACCCACUAUAGCUGUGAAUGCCCAAUCGGCUUCACCGGGCUUAAUUGUUCCACCAACCUGGAUGACUGCGUUGAUCAUAUGUGCCAGAACGGUGCUACUUGCAUCGACGGCAUAAACAAUUACGUGUGUAAGUGCGCGGCGGAAUAUACAGGGAGAUAUUGCGAGGCCGCACCCUCGACAGCCAUGCUCUAUCCACAGACUAGUCCAUGUGCCCACCAUGACUGUCAACACGGUGCUUGCUUCCAGCCAGCUCCCGCUUCCGCCGCGGACUACCUUUGCCAGUGCCACCCCGGCUAUACCGGAAAACGAUGCGAGUACCUGACGAGUUUGAGUUUCGUGGACAACAGCUCGCUGGUCGAGCUGGAGCCGCUACGCACGAGGCCCGAAGCGAAUGUGACCAUCGUCUUCACGACCACGCAGGAAAACGGGGUUCUCCUCUACAAUGGCCAGAACGGCGACCACAUCGCUGUCGAGCUGUUCAGUGGCCGUGUACGUGUCUCAUACGACGUGGGCAACUACCCGACCUCGACUAUGUACAGUUACGAAAUGGUGGCCGACGGCAAACCACAUGUGGCUGAACUUCUCGCGAUCAAGAAGAACUUCACAAUGAGGGUCGACCGCGGUCUCGCUAGGAGCAUUAUCAAUGAAGGUCCCAAGGAGUACCUAAAGCUCAACACGCCGAUGUACGUCGGCGGCGUAGCGCCGGAAGUCGCCAACAUUGCGUUCACGGAAUUCCACCUGAGGAAUAUAACGAGCUUCCAAGGUUGUUUCACCGAAAUGUGGAUCAACCAUAAAUUAGUGGACUUCAGUAACGCUGCGAAAAUGCAUCGAGUUAGUCCUGGAUGUAUGUCGAACGAGGAAGAGGCUGACGAGGCGCGAGACGUCGUCGAACCGGAAGGCUUUAUGGGCAACAGCGGCAGCAACGAGGAACCUAUAGCAGAAGAGAACAUGGCUCACGAACAUUCCGACAUGGUCAUGACAGUACCCGGCACGAUAAUAUCCGAUCCCUGCGCGGGACACGAGUGCAAGAAGGGCUCGCAGUGCGUGCCUUCGCCGAUCGGGAGCGGAUACACCUGCCGGUGUCAGACUGGAUGGCAGGGACGAUACUGCGAAAGAGCGCCGACGUGUCGCAAAGAGCACACUAGAGAGUUCUAUAGCGAGAACGGAUGUCGGAGUAGACGACCAGUGAAGCUUGCCAAGUGUUGGGGUAGUUGUGGCAACUCCUGCUGCCUGCCACGGAAAACAAAACGACGCAAGGUUCGACUAAUCUGCGUCGACGGGAUGCGGUACACAAGAGACGUCGAUCUGGUGCGCAAGUGUACGUGCACAAGGAAAUGCUACUAG